AUGGGUCAGAACGCCAUCUCAGGUAAUCUCAAGAACCUAACGAUCGACACAGGAGAUUCAGAGACGCUCGUGGUCUGUUUCGGCGAAAUGUUGAUCGAUUUUGUUCCAACGGUGGGAGGUGUGUCACUCGCUGAAGCACCCGCUUUCAAGAAAGCCCCAGGUGGUGCACCUGCGAAUGUAGCUGUUGGUGUCUCUAGACUCGGUGGCUCCUCUGCUUUCAUCGGAAAGGUUGGUGAUGAUGAGUUUGGAAGAAUGUUAGCUGAUAUUCUAAGGCUAAACAACGUCGACAACUCUGGGAUGAGAUUCGACCACAAUGCACGAACUGCUCUCGCCUUCGUCACGCUAAGAGCUGAUGGAGAGAGGGAGUUUCUCUUCUUCAGACACCCGAGUGCUGAUAUGCUUCUCUUGGAAUCUGAGCUUGACAAGAACCUCAUCCAAAAGGCCAAGAUCUUUCAUUACGGAUCAAUCAGUUUGAUUGAAGAGCCUUGCCGUUCCACUCAGCUUGCAGCUAUGAAAAUCGCUAAAGCCUCAGGGAGUCUCUUAUCAUAUGACCCGAAUUUGAGAUUGCCUUUGUGGUCAUCAGAAGAAGCUGCAAGGAAAGAGAUCAUGAGUAUCUGGAACUUAGCUGAUGUUAUAAAGGUUAGCGAGGAUGAGAUUACAUUCCUGACAGGUGGCGAUGACCCUUAUGAUGACGAUGUGGUGUUGCAGAAGCUGUUUCAUCCCAAGCUUAAGCUUCUUGUUGUUUCGGAAGGACCAAAUGGAUGUAGAUACUACACUCAGGAGUUUAAAGGUAGAGUUGGUGGAGUAAAAGUGAAGGCGGUUGAUACAACAGGUGCAGGAGAUGCGUUCGUUAGCGGUUUAUUGAACAGCUUAGCUUCUGAUCUCACACUUCUCACUGAUGAGAAGAAACUAAGAGAGGCGCUUCUGUUCGCAAACGCUUGUGGAGCCAUUACAGUGACAGAGAGAGGAGCUAUUCCGGCGAUGCCUACCAUGAAUGCUGUUCAAGACCUUCUCUCUUCUUCCGCUCGCUCCUGA